GUGGGAAUGGUGGCAAAGUGGAAUGGGAUCUUGGAGCAGUGCGCGAGUGGCUGGCAGUGCCGUCGGCAGCGCCGGACGGAGGGAUGGGCAGCAUCGAGGGUGAGGGUGGCGACGGCAGCGGCGGUGGCGGCGGCGAUGAAGCUGGUGUGAUCCCCACUCGAGCACUGUGUUUGGUGGCGGGUGCGGGCGAGGGCAAGUCGACGGCGGCAGCGGCAAUUGUCCGAGAGCUGCAGGCCAUGACGGAGGCUUCGGGCUCAGCAACGACUGCAUCGGCAAUCGCGUCGGCACCGCAGCAGGCGGCAGUGGCAGGGGCGACGGACGAAGCAGCUGACACCCGGGAGGUGCCGGCGAGUAGCGAGCUGCUGCUAGAAACCGCCGGCAUGGCAGACGCAGGAGGGGUAAGGGAGCGGGGCCAGGAGAGCUGUACCGGCGGGAGCUGGCAACACGCGAUGGCAGCGGCGGCUUUCCAUUUCGUCAAGUACAGCGAUGCUCGGCGGCUGGAGCCUGUGCGGAUUAUCAAGAGCCUAGCUUUCCAGUUGGCCAUGAGGCUGCCAGAGCUGAGGCCCCACCUGUACGCCGUGGACGUGGCAAAGAUGGCCGUCACGGCAGAUGUGGAGCAGGCUUACAAGCAAUUCCUGGAAGGACCGCUGCUGGCUGCUGCUGCUGGUGGUGAUGCUGCUGCCUCCAGUGACACGGCGCCUAGAAGUGCAGAUCCAGCCACCACACCGCUGCUGUCACCGCCUCAGCUGGCUGAGCUACCGCCGGCAGCUUGCAUGCAAGCAACCUGCCGACAGCGGCAGCAGCAGCAACAACGACGGCAGGUGGUGCUGCUGAUUGACGCCGUAGAUGAGGCGGAUCCCCCUCGGACCGAGGAGCCGCAGACGGCGGCGGCAGCAGCAGCGGCCUCGCCGCCUGCUGACCCAGUGUCUUCCACUGGUGAAGUAAAGGCACACGGACAUGUCACUGAUGCUGCCGCUGCCGUACAGCCCCGGUAUAACGGCAACGGAGCCGAGGCUGCGCCGCCGCCACCAGCGCCGCCAACAGUGGACGUGUGCGGCAACCGGGUCUUCCAAUUGAUCUCACGCCAGCUGAAGCACCUGCCCCGCCACGUGCGCUUCAUCUUUACCUGUCGCCCGGACGGCAUGGGCGGAGGCAUUGCGGAGGCGCUGGAGAGGACCUUCAGAGCGCACGGCGGCGUGUCGUUCAUGACACUGCAGGACUUGAAGCAUUGCAACGUUGUCGAUGCUGGUAGCAGUGAAGGUGUGGGCGGGAAUGGAGCUUGCACUGCUGCAGUUAGAAACACCGGACAGCAGCUGCCACAGCAGGAGUGCUGGCGUGCGCAGGAGCCGCAGGAGCAGCAGUACCGUAGUGGUGGCAUGGGUGGAAGCGACACCUCGGUUGGCGGCGGCGUGUUGGUCUACCACGCCGUCGCAAGCGCUUGCCCAGCAACCGCACCCCUGCCUCCCCUUUCCCGGCCUCCACAGUUUGAAGACCUGCACCGGGCCUACGCACACGUGUUUGCGGCCGCACUAGGCAGCCUAGAGGCAGCAACCACAACCAGAACUGCCACCGCCGUUGCUGCAUGUAGCAACGGCGGCGGCAGCGCUGCCUUACCAGCGCUGGAGCCACUGCUGCCCUCGCCGCAGCCGGUCACCCAACCCAGACACCCUUUCUCACCGCCAUCAAUCCAUCCUACAGAUGCAGCCGCAGACACAAUGCAGACCCAGCCACAGCCAACCGCCGCCCUCAGCGCCACCACGCGCAGCCUGCUGGCAGUGCUCCUGGCGGCGCAAGAGCCGCUGUCGCAAUCCAUGCUGCACUCCAUGGGCUUUGCCGGCUCGGCCCUGGAGCAGCUCCCUGGCUUCCCCACCCUCUUCUACGUCAACGAGCAUCAUGCCUACCUACUGCACCAGAGCCUGGCAGGCUGGCUUUCAGACCCCGCCGCAUCCGGCCCCUUCGCGGUCUGCGUGGAACAAGGGCAUGCGUUGCUGGCGGCUCAGCUGCUGUCGGUGGUGUGCCCUCCAGGCGGCAGCAAUAAUAGAGGCGUCAGUAACAGCAACAGCAGCAAAGUAGACGGCAGCAAUGAAGGUGCUGUCGUUAUUGGCGCUGAUGACGGUGACGGUGGCAAUAGCAGCGUCGUUAGCAUCGGCAACGGCGUCAGCAGCAUCAGUGGUUCCGCCGCUUACGCGCUCAAGUACCUUGUACGGCACCUGGUGGCCUGCGGUGAUAACGCCGCCCUGGAACGCCUCCUCCGUAGCUUUGAUUUCGUGGCUGCGGCUUUCCAGCUGGGCCACGGAGGCGGCCUGAUUCAUGAUCUCAUCCGUGCCCCGGAACCCACCGUGACACCCGCCGUCGCAGACACGCUUCGGUGGCUGCUCUCAAGCCAGCAUGAGCUUGUUCAGGCAACGAGCGUCGAGGACGUCGUGGCGACUGCGCUGCGUUGCCCACCCGGUACGGCAGUAUUCCGGCUGGCGCAAGCGCGCGUUAAUGCGAUGGCAGCGGCGAGGGUGGCAGGGAUGGCGGCGGCGGAAGGGGUGCAGCAGCGGCGUUGUUGGCAUGCGUGGUGGCUUGCUCAUGCGCUGGUGGCGCCGCAGACUUGGGCGGCAAAGCGAUCCCUGUUUCAGGGUCACAGCAGCUUGGUCUUCUGCGUGGCGUGGAGCCCCGACGGUCGCACCCUGGCCAGCUGCAGCCACGACAAGUCCGUGAGGCUGUGGGACGCCGGCAGCGGCGAAUGCAUCGCAGCACUGGAGGGGCACGAGGGGGACGUGCUGGGCGUGGCUUGGCGGCCCGACGGCUGGGCGCUGGCGAGCGGCGGCGCUGACGGCGCCGUACGGCUGUGGGAUGCGGCCAGCGGCGAGUGCGCUGCAGCACUCCAGGGUCACACGGGCCCAGUCAACUGUGUGGCGUGGCGCCCCCGAGGCCCGCCCUUGCUUGCGAGCGGGGGCGAUGACAAGACCGUGCGUUUGUGGUCUGGGGUUGGGGCGGCGCUGCAGUGUACAAGCAUUCUGCAGGGCCACGCCGACUUCGUCAAGGCCCUGGCUUGGAGCCCCGACAGUAGCAGCCUAGCCAGCUUGGGUGGAAACCAGGCGGUGCUGCUGUGGAGCGACCCGUGGGUCAGUGGCGGCCAACCCACGGCCACCUUGCAGCUGCCUGGUGACGAGGCACCUAGGAGUCUCUACACCGGAUUUGGGCUGCCAGACUACAUGAUUGCGCGACUGGGAGUGGCGUGGAGCCCCGACGGCCGCAUUCUGGCCAGCUGCAGCAGCGACGGCGUCCGGCUGUGGGAUAAGGCGCGCAGCAGGUGCAUGACGGUGAUUAAGGCCAUCGGCUUCACCCCUCCUAACAGCGUGGCGUGGAGCCCGGACGGCCGCACCCUCGCCACCGGCCAUAGUGACAACACCGAGACUGUGCAGCUGUGGAACGUCCGGCUGGACAUUCCAGGCGGGGAGCCGUGCGCCACAUCAACGGGUAGCUUUAACGCUGAAAUGGCUCUUGGCGUCGCGUGGCGACCGAGUGGCAAGCUGCUUGCUAGCUGCGGCGGCAAGACCUUCGAGCUCUGGGACCCCGCAUCCGUAGCGGCCGCUACUGCUGCUGCUGCUAACAGUCAUGGUUGCAGUAGCGGUGGUCAGCUAACCGGGCAACAUCAGCCUCUGGCUACUAGCAGUGCAGGUGGCGGUGGCGGCCACACGAACGCGGUGCACGCAGUGGCUUGGAGCCCCGUGGACAGCCGCUUGCUAGCCAGCGCCUCUAGCGACAAGACUGUUCGGAUCUGGUCAGACGGCGUGUGUACGGCCAUCCUGAAGGGCCACACACAUGCUGUCAACUGCGUGGCUUGGAGCCCCGACGGCAGACAGCUAGCUAGCGGCAGCGACGACCAAACUGUACGGCUAUGGAGCACGGAUAGCGGCACUUGCCUGGCCACUUGGGAGAGUCCGGACAGGAUUGUGGUGAGCUCCGUGGCUUGGAGGCCCGACGGGAGCAUGCUUGCGAGCGGCAGCUGGAGCGGCGCCAUCCAGCUGCGGGAGGUCCCUAGCGGCAGCUGCGUGGCCCAGCUGAAGGGCCACUCGGAGUGGGUCGUCAGCUUAUCGUGGAGUCCGGAUGGCGGACGUCUGGCCAGCAGCAGUAACGACGCCGGCGUGCGGCUCUGGCAAGUGGCGAGUGGAGCGUGCUCCGCCGUUCUCCAGGGCCACACCGAUUGGGUGCCUGCUGUGGCCUGGCGCCCCGGUGGAGGUGCAGUCGCCACCGCCAGCCUGGACCGCAGCGUGAAGAUCUGGGACCCCGACACGGGGGAGUGCACCGCCACGCUGCAGGGCCACGGCGGCGGCCUCACGGGUGUGGCAUGGAGCCCGGACGGCGCCUGCCUGGCCUGCAGUGGAGCUGACAUGGCUGUUCGGGUGUGGGAUGUCGCCAGCGGAGUGUGCCUCACAACUAUCCAUGGACAUGCACGAGAGGUGAACUGCAUUGCCUGGAGCCCGGACGGCUCGUCCAUAGCGAGUGGCAGCAAAGACAACACGGUACGGGUGCUGGUGGCGGCAGCGGAUGACAGCUGACCAGCAGCCGUCGUAUUGUAGACAGCCGCUAGUGCGGGGAGACGAGAGCGUCAAGCAGCAGCAGUC